AUGCCGAACUACGUCAAAGUGAAAGCCAAUGCGGACAAACUUUUCGCUGAAGAUGAUGCACAGAACUUCUGCUGCGAAGCAACAUGCGCGACCCACACCUGUGACGAAUCGCAGGGUCUGGCGGUAGAUCCAAAGAAACUGCACCUCACCGAUGUCAGCGACCAGAAGUGCUGCAGCGCAACAUGCAGUGCCUUCUCAUCCUGCCCGGACGGCUACGCGGUGCCUGCUUCUAAGGAGAACGCUAUUGGAAGCACCAAGCAGGAAUGCUGCGAGCCGCUUUGCAGCGCCUUCCACUGCAGCCCUGGCUGGAAGCCCGACCCCGUAAAGGUGACUGCGCUCCAGCACUCCGAUGAGGCUUGCUGCCAGAAAACCUGCGCCAAGUACAAGUGCGGCAAGGGAUGGAAGAAGAAAGCAGGCACGGACGACUUCGUGGGUGUGGAUGACUCGACCUGCUGUGAGAAGACCUGCGAGCAAUACCAAGACAAGUGUACCGGUGACUAUGCACCAAACCCGGCUCUCAACAACACCGCCGGCAACACUGCGAAUGUUUGCUGCAAGAAAACUUGCGCCCUCUUCUCCUGCAAUGCUGGCCAGAUCAAGCCGAAUGCCAAGGAGAUCAUUGACGAAAGCGAGGAUGCUUGCUGCGAAGCUGCCGAAUGCGCCGUCUUCCGUGGGAAGAAGGUGAUCGAUGGAGGCUGCAAUGGCUUGGACAAGGAGAAGUGCGCAGCCAGCAAAUUGGAGCUGAAGAAUACCGACACCAACAACACCGACGAGCUGGCCUGCACCUGGAGGGGCGACUACGGGAUUUGCUCCGUCGGUAAGCCAAAGCCGUUGAGCUGCAGCGACUGA